AUGAGUAAUCUAAUAUUACUCAGUGAGUCUAGGACCUCUAUACAAGGGGAUUCCCUAAACUCCAAACACAAACGCCGCGGGCUUGUAACCCCGCCUGCACCUGCAAUGAGGCGCCUAGGUGCAUUAGCCACAUUCUCUGCCCACGCCUGUGAAGGUUCACGCUCAACCGGAAUCACACAGAAACUAGAUGAACGCCUUCACCCGGGCACUACAGUCCAUCGCGGUACCCGGUUCAUCCUUCCAUCUAUUGGCCUUACUGGCGCACCAUGCCAAUGUCUGGUUGGAUCCCAUAUCAUCAUAUGGUACCAUACUCGGCCAAGGCAGCUGACCAGGUUAUCCUCCGAGUCUUCCUCCCUUCAUGCAAUGUCUGGUUGGAUCCCAUAUCAUCAUAUGGUACCAUACUCGGCCAAGGCAGCUGACCAGGUUAUCCUCCGAGUCUUCCUCCCUUCAUGCCAAUCCGGUUGGGCUCUGACGUGCGAGAAUGCGCUUGACUACACCUUCCUAGACAACAUGUGGUUAGACACGCCACAUGUUCUCAGUACUUAG